GGAGUCAACUUCUAGGGUUGGAGGUCGACUAGAGGGUUGGGCCUCCUCGCCAUUAUGAAAGGGCUGGGGACCAGCCAUACCAGACACCUGUCUGACUCCUGUGACCCUUCCGCUGGCCACUUAGAGGCUCUCUACCCUCAGAAGACCAGCACCAUGCCGCGAAGUCCUUACCUGCUCAGCCCAACAAUGGACCAAUAUGGCACUAUGGACCCCCAUCUUUACCCAUCAGCCAACCCAGGGUCCCUUCCGCCAGAAUGCCUGCUCCCCCUCAACAACCAGCUGUCAAACAGCAGCACCUUCCCCAGGAUUCACUACAACUCCUACGAUCCGUCGGACUUCUCCCCACCUGUAGAGGGCAUAGGCGGAAUGAGAACUGGGACGUUGGGAGCGUCCGUGUCGAUGGGCAUGGGAUCGGGUAUGGGCAUGGCUGAGCUUACUGGACGAACGUCCAUGAUUACGAGCGGCUCGGCUACAAUAUCGCAUCACAUGACCAAGAACCAGGCACCGCACAGCCUUCUGGAGUUUGAUAAGCAGUUAGCUGGCGGUCGGGAUGGCUUCAGCACCUUGCAGUUCCACAGAACAUCUGCAGUAACCGCAGGUAAACAGCGUACGGACAGUCCUGGUCGCAUCCGUUACAUGCUGCACUCGGUGCAGAAGCUCUUUGCAAAGUCCCAGUCACUGGAAAGCCACCACAUGAAAGGAAACGUCAACGGACGCUCAACGGGUAGCGGCGGAGGUUCGUCGGGCACUGACGACGGUGGGAAGCAUAACCGCAGAGCCAAAAGUAAAGAUCGCGGAACUAAAUCGGAAGCGACCGCCAAGCGCCGGCCGCGUUCCAACAUGUCAGGGUACUGGAGUUCCGAUGAUCUGGACAGCAAUGACAUAAGCAGCUUCCACAACACUAUGGCCAUGAUGACCCUAGGACGACCCGCUGGCCAGGAGAGCCACGGGGGCCAGAAUAAAUACAUUCAUAGCGGCUAUAACACCAUCAGCUCAUCUAAAAGCAGCAAUGACAUGAAGUAUCAGACACUAGCCGCACCGAUGAGUGGAGGAGGAAAUGGACUUGAAGGACCAGGGAAUGUGCUUAUGAAUGAUAACAUGAAAGGAGGAUCUUGGUCCGCACUGACUAUGGGCCAACCAAAGCAAGUGCUCCAGAAGGGCUCAGCCACUCUUGAUAGGUCCUUGCUCAAGUCCAGAUCAUGCCAACCAGAACUGACUUGCAACUACCUGCAGGUCGGCCGAAGGGGGGAUUGGAGCAGCUCAUUAGGCCGCAGCGGGGGCGCCAAUGAAAUUCCAUGCCGGCGCAUGCGCAGCGGAAGCUACGUGAAGGCCAUGGCAGACAUGGAGGACAGCGAAGACUCGGAGGGGAGCCCCAAACCCUCGCCAAAGACUGCCGCUCGCCGCCAGAGCUACCUCAGGGCCACGCAGCAUUCUCUGAGUGACCAGCUACCCCCACGCAACAGAACCCUGGAUUAUUCCUUUUUGCAAGGGGAACUGGAUGCCCUGUGGUCACCCGUCCACAGUGUGUCCUCCCUCAACCAACUGGGCAGGUCAAUGAGCAGCUGUCUUCCAUCUCUCAGAGAGCUCGCCAAUAACCGCAGCCUGGACAACCUUGACUGCAUUGGGGGCACAGGCUCGCCUGUGCCACACUGGGAUGAUGAUGACUUCGGCCAUGCCUGCAGCACAUUGGGCAGACGUAGCUGUAUGGGGCAGAUCCGGGACCUGGACAUGAGUCAUCAUUACGAGGACCGUAGCUCUGACUCCACAUUCCGAGAUUCCCGUUCCCAUUCUCAGGACAACCCAGAUCCUCCAGACUUGCCCAUGCCCACUUGCUUCCGCUCCCGCAGCCACAGCUACCUGAGAGCCAUCCAGGCGGGCUGCUCUCAAGAUGAUGACGUGGCUUCCCUAGACUCAGGCUCGCUCCCGCCAACUGACACCACUGUUCGCACCUACGGCACCAGCACUGACGGCCUUUCUACACAAUGGAAGACAUGGAAAGAACAGUUUGGCUCUUACCUGAUAGCCACUGGCUUGGACAAAGCCCCAAAGGAGAAACAACUUGCAAUUUUUCUGCAGCGUUUGGGGACAGACAGACCACGCAUCAUACCCACACACACAGUUUCAUGCAUCACCACCUGUAAGAAGGCUGCUCCGCCACCCGUGCCGCCACGCACGACCUCCAAACCUUUCAUUUCCGUGACGGUGCAGAGCAGCACCGAGUCAGCACAAGACAAUUACCUGGAGCAUCAGGACCAAAGGUCCGAGGUCAACAGCCAGUCGAGCCACGCGCACAGCAACUCGUCCGACAGCCUUGACAGCACCCGUGCCAACAGCCUGGCCCGGGGAUUACCUCGCCCUCCUCACAUCAUCCCCACUCCCAUCGCCAUCCCCCGAGAGCCGCUCGUCUCCACCACAGCCAACGCUUCCACGGAAACAAGCGACUCAAGUUUAGUCCUGCAUGAGUCGAUGAAGUCAGGAUUGAGUAACUCUGCUGACGAGGCUCUUGUGGUCCCAGUGCCCAGACGGAAACUUUCUUCAAUUGGCAUCCAGGUUGACUGUAUACAAGAAGUUCCACGAGAGGAAAGCCCACCACUGGCCAAGUUUCAGUCCAUCGGAGUACAGGUGGAGGACGGGUGGCAGCCCGAUCGUCCUUCUAGCAUGGCCUCCAAACAAGACACAGUCUCAGAUAAACAGGACAUCACUGUCGUUCCCCAUGUUAGUCAGGCCAAACCCACUGAAAAGAAAGUCAUGGUCAGUAGUGCCAGCCAAUCGUUGAGCUCCCCUCCCGAACAGGACUCCUUAGACAACGGCGACACUCCUGGUGACGCUUCCUCACCUCCACCUCCCAGGCAGUUCCUCAACCGCUCCACCACACGAAGUAGCUCUUCCUCUUUCUCAGAAAGCCUCGACCCGGCACUAGACCCCUCAUCUUUACCGCCCCCAGAUCCCUGGCUCGAGAGCGGGAAUGGGAGUAGCAGCAUUGCCCCCCAGAGUGUUAGUGGAGGGGGCACACUAUGUCGAAGAGAUGGCCACUGGUUCCUGAAGCUACUACAGGCUGAAACGGGACGCAUGGAAGGUUGGUGCCAGCAGAUGGAUCAGGAGACCAAAGACAACCAACUCUCGGAGGAGGUCUUGGGUAAAGUCCGCAGCGCAGUGGGAAGUGCCCAACUCUUAAUGUCGCAGAAGUUCCAGCAGUUCCGGGGACUGUGUGAACAAAACUUGAAUGUGAACGCCAAUCCGCGGCCCACACCGCAGGACCUGGCUGGUUUCUGGGACCUGCUGCAGCUCUCCAUCGAGGACAUCAGCCUCAAGUUUGAUGACCUCUACCAUCUCAAGUCCAAUGACUGGCAGUCUGUGCCAUCUGCGGCUGACCAGUCGCCCCCUGAGCGGAAGGGCGAAGAGAAGGCACCCACUCCGGCGUCGAGGAAGGCCGCUAAAGGACGCCCGUCGCUGGGCCGCGAGAAAAGCGCAGACUCCUCUUCCACCUCUUCUUCAGCUUCGGCGGAGAAGCAGAGGCAAGAGGCCCGCAGGCGUCUCCUGGCGGCAAAGAAGGCCGCCUCUUUUCGCCAGAACUCUGCCACCGAGAGCGCAGACAGCAUUGAAAUCUACGUUCCAGAAGCACAGACGCGCCUUUGAGGGAGACAGUGAGAGAGAGGAAUGUAAGGUCAGAUCAUAGAACGGAUAAGUGUCACUGAAAAAUACCUGCAAAGGGGAGCGAGAGAGGACACUUUUUGCAAUGCAAAUGACAAGAGUGGGAUCGAGUGGGGGAGGAGAGGCCAAAUGCCCCCUUGGCUGGGGUGGGGUGGGGGUCCACUUGGGGUACUUGUUUGUAGGCUGGUCCUGAAGGCAUCGGGCACAUAAAUAUUGAACUUUGGUGUAUUUUACGUGUUCUGAAAGUUGCCAAUGAAGACCUCUGCAGAUUAACUUUGUCAUUACUUUUUACUAAUCUUUAUCAUGAAAAGACUUAAAUGAAUAACCGUAUUCCUAUCACAUCCUCGGUAUAUUUGAAGAUUGUUUAAAAUGUAACUCUAUAUUGGCUAUAAGAUCUAUUUAGAGGACACAGUAGAGCAUUUUUGGCUUUUCUGCUUUCCAUUGCCGUCGUCCUACUCCCCGGACUGGCCAUUUUGUAGCUUUGCACAACACCGCCUUGUGGCCACCACACUCGCUACACAAAACCCACUCGCUUACGUCUGUCUUCCUUGUACUGAUUUGUUUACUUUUCUUAAGGCUGAUUUACUGUAGAUGAGGUUUUUAAAUAUUUUUGAACUGUCAUACGAGGAAAGGGGGAUUUGUAUAGUUCCUAGCACGUACGUGUCUCUCCAAAUGUUUUCGUGUCAAAGAGCAGUGGUAAGACUUUAUACAGGUUAGUUUCAUCAUGGCUUUCAAUGAACACAUGUUCACGUGAUGAGAAUCUCGAAACAGUACUUUCAGGUUUCAUCUCUCUGUUCAAUGCUUCCCCGUGUAUUUUCAGUGCUUUUAAAAGGAUAAUACUCUCUUUUUGGCAACACGUAACUUGUCUUUAUCAGUUUUUUUUUUUUUAAUCGUCCACAUCUCCCCAAACUUUUUUGUUGUUUUGUUUUGCUUCUUAACCCUUAAAAAAAAAAAACAUCGUAUUUCUGUCCGUAUUAACUGCUAUUUCUAUUUGGAAAAGCCUAUUUAAUUAAAGUAUUGAACGCAUUAGCAGCUGUGUUUGCAUAAUUUCUUCAAGUGCUGCAUGCCCACUUGAACACCGCUUCACCCAAAUAUGAAUUCCCCCUCAUUCCAAUUCAUGCCAUGCCUAUAAAUGUCAGCAUCAGCACCAGGUAGCUCUUGCCGUGGUAAAAACGGAAGGUGUGAAAUGAAACAAGCUUAAGAGUUCAUAAAACCAGCUGGCAUCAUCUCCAUAAAUAAAAAUAAUGUGUAUAAGACAAAUGUAAACACCCUUUUACAAGUUUAAGUGUUCUUUCAAACCGAGUUUAAGCACACUUGCUUUUUCGCCUGACUAGAGAGCAUGCAAGAUAACGAUCUUCACAUCAACAAAUGCAGAUAUUACCCAAAAUCAACAUGUCAUGGAACUUGUAACAUGUAAGAGAGACAUUAGACUUUAGUACAGUGGCCAAUCCUCAAGUCAACACACCCGCCUAUAAACAAACUACAGUUGUUUACAUGUCUUCCAAGCCAGUUUUAUCUCAGCAGAUGGUCAACAAAUUUCCCCUGGCUAAUGAGUUCAGCCGAUGCACUGCAGUGUCACUUCAUCACUUUAUUUUCUUCAUCGUCGGCACCUCCAGCCCAAAACUGCGGCCCGAGGCUUUGACUUGGAAAUGUCGCAAUGAGCGCCUUUCUUUCUCUAACCUGGUGAGAGCUUUCCAUUGAUGGUCGGCCUUUGUUUGCUGUUGGGUUUGCCUGCUGGGGAUGAGCACGGUGAAGGCUCAGGGGGUGUCAAUUGCCUGUUCCUGGGUGAAUGUCCCUUCCUUUUCGACUGAGGCGAAUGGCAUCGUUAUCACCUCCAGGUCUUUUGUUUGAGCUGAAAUCUCUGUCGUUGACUUGAUUUGAUUUCUCACUGGUAGGGAACAGUUGUCUGACGAGUUAUUUAAAUUGUCUUGGAAUAAGCAAAUGAGACCCUAUAUACCAUCUGUGUCAGAUUUGUCACUUUUUAUGUUGUGCUGUGUACUGUAUGAGGAAAUACAUCAGGAAAACAAUGAAGUGUGCAAAAUGGGCCAAUGGGUAAGCAGUAUCGUGGACAAUAAGAGUUCAAUAUCAUCCCCGUGUGCAUUUUCUGCCAGCUUUAUCUAAAAACUAUUCGAGUUUGAGGGUUUUUUUUUUCCUUUUGGAACCUCCCAAGCACAUGUGUCAGUCAGCCUGAGUUGAAGUCAGAUGAGCACAUGACAUCACAUAGAAGGGGAUAUUGUUGGAAACAAAAAAUACAAAUCUACAUUUCUACAAAGUUUCAUUCCAGUACACAAUUGGCCAACUUAUAUCACCUCAAUCGGUAUGUCUAUUUCCUGGGCUUUUUUCUGAGCUACAAAAUGGCUGCAGUUUGGGAUAUGCGUUUCCUGUUGAAGCUUUUGAUAUUUCCUUAAUAAUGGCCUCAAAAAGGCUUGAUUUUUUUGAGUUGGAAAAUAGAAUUUGAUCGAGCCUAUAAAUAAAUUCUACAAACAAAUCAAGCCCUAGAUGACCCACAAACACCGACAAUACAUGAUAGCAAACUUUUUUUUCAUUAAUCAUUGUAUUAUUUGUUGAUCAAUUCAGGACUGAGGGAAAGUGAAAUUAAGUCCCCCCCCCCCACCUCCGAUUCAAGCAGUCAUGUACUUUUAUUUGUGUUCCUCUAUGUCCUUGAGACUUUGAGAAUGGUGUCCUUAUUUUCAUUACACUUUUUGUUUUGUAAUUACUGUACAUGCAUGUCAUUGCCAAUCACUUUAAUAGUGCAGGAAAGUACCGUACAUCAGCUGUAUAGUUUACCUCAGUCACACACAUACAGUAUUCCAAAGGCCUACUGACUUGCAAGUUCAUUAGCAUCUUUAGCUUUGUCCUACUGGGGAAUGAAUGUGGAGGGGUGAGGGGCCGAACCUCUGCCUCACCACAGAGAUGAUGUAGCAAAAACUUGUUUCAUGAAGCAAGCACUUUUAAGAAAACUGAUCUCUUUGGUAUAAUAAUCCGUUGGAUGUGCGUGAGGUUUUGUUGUCCUUUAAAACAAACUUUUAACUUUGUCGCCAAUGGCAGUGUAAAAGUGUAUGUGCGGAUGGAAAAAUGCAUUUGAUAUUGAAAUUAUUCUUAGCAUCCCCUUGCUUCUUCAAGUAAACCUGUGUAUAUAAGUUAGAUAAAUUGAAUUCAUUGUUUACAAUGCUGUAGCUCUAUUUAUACAAUUUUAAGGUUCUUCAGAUGAAACAUGGAAAGGAAUAAGGUUCAAUAAAAUGCUGAAUUACUUUCUCAAAAGGUCAA